GCGAGCUUCAAACCGGAAGUGCACUUGGACGUUUCGAAAAUUAUGGUUUUAAUAUUUUUUCAGCAUUUCCAUUAGUAUGAACGACUCUUACUUUUUACGAAGUUUAUAGACAAGCUCAGUUCGCUAUGGAUAACAAGAGACGACACAGAGAAUCUCCUUCCCGGAAGGCAAAGAUACAAAUCAAACAAGAAAAUGUGAGCCCCGUGCGGCCUCAACGCUCACACCGAGCCAGUUCAGGCAGCAGCAGCCCUCCACCGAGAAGACGAGACAGCAGAUCACCUGUUAGAAGAAGGGACCGAUCGCCGGCGAGAAAAGACCGGUCAUUAGCCAGACAAGAGGAGAGAUCCCCUCGGACCCGGAGGAGCAGAAGUCCGCACCGUGGGACAGACAUUAGGUUAAAGAAGGAUCAAGAGGAUCACAGAGGAGCAGAAACUCAUAGGCAUCGUGAGAGAAGGGAUGACUCAAAUGACCACAGGGUAAAACGGGAGGGAGAACGGCCACAGCAAAAAGAGCGAGACCGGAAAAAGGAGAGGCAAAGGGGAAAAGUAAAUGAUGCCCAUAUACAACAGCAACAGCAAGCUGAGAGGGAACAGCAUAAUGAACGGCGACGAGAGAAUCGCCUCCGACAGGAGGCUCGGAGUGGUAAUGGUGAUGAGGCACAUGAGUUUGGUGGUGGGCAGGAUGGCGAUUCCCCCCCAGCUGCUGAGAAGGAAAAGCCAAACUUUGAACUUUCUGGGGCCUUGGUGGAAGAUACCAACACAUACAGGGGGGUGGUCAUCAAAUAUAAUGAACCUCCUGAGGCCCGCAUCCCUAAAAGAAGGUGGCGUUUGUACCCUUUUAAGAAUGAUGGGCCGCUCCCAGUCAUGUACAUUCACAGACAGAGUGCGUAUCUACUUGGACGACAGAGGAAAAUAGCAGACAUUCCUAUUGACCACCCUUCUUGUUCCAAACAGCAUGCUGUUUUUCAGUACAGAUUGGUGGAGUUCACACGGUCAGAUGGCACCACAGGAAGGAGAGUGAAACCAUACAUCAUUGAUCUGGGCUCUGGUAAUGGCACCUACCUAAACAAUCAGCGUAUAGAACCACAGCGUUACUACGAGCUCAAAGAGAAGGAUGUGCUCAAAUUUGGCUUCAGCAGUAGAGAAUAUGUGCUCCUUCAUGAGUCCUCUGACACAGCUGAGGUUGACGCUAAGAUGGAGGACGAUGAGGACGAAGGCCUUGACGAGUAGUUCAUGCUCAACCUUUACCAAAAAAAAAUAUAUGUUUUGUGCUGGGCUCUUCAAAUGAGUUUGGCCCAUUGGAGCAGCAAUGACGGUUUCACUAUUUCAUUUUGAACAAUGAAUCAGUCAUGCUUCAUCCUGCCCAAGUUGUCUGUAUGACUCUAUUCUCAGGUGGAUAGCUUGUAUCAGACAGUUUUCUGUCAGACUGUCUACAGUGCUGUCCCUCAAACCAAGUGCUCAAUGCCAGAACAAAUUACUUGAUGUGUUAUAUGAUAUAUUUUGGAUCCUUAUGAGGCAGUGGAUAUGUGUAGAUUUGGUUUCUGUAAAUAUACUGGAUAUAUUCAAGUGCUUGUUUCAUGUGCUUUAGUUUGCAGUCUUGUUGAUUAGAUGAGGACUGUGUAUUGGUUAGUCAAACCAGGCUGUGAGCACUUACAGAGCAAAGAAUAACCAGACUAAUUUGCAGUCUAAAUUUUACUUUACAGAAAAUGACAUCUUUGACGUUAGACAUUUUUCUAUUCUCUCACAGUACCUUCAUAUUUGAUUUUUAGAUGUUUUGUAUUGUCAAAUAAAAACAAGUUUUUUGUGUUUUUUUUUUAUUUUUUAUUGACUGCAUAUAAU